AUGCAAAUAAUUAAUGGAAAAGAUUAUAAAGCACAAUCUGUCAAAGUUGGACAAGUAAUUAAUGGAAAAUUUAAACAACUUGUAAAGCAGGGACUAGGUGAACGAAGAGCUGCUUUUUUUUUAAGUGAAAGUAAAGUUGCUAUAAUUUUUAAACAUUCUCAAUUGGAUAAAUCUACACCAGAAGGAUUAUUAUAUCAUGUUUUUUUUAGAAAUGCAAUUUUUUUAUUACUUAGAGGAGAUGAGCAUUAUAAAUUAUUAGCAUCAAAUUUUAAGAAAAAGAAUGAUAGUGGUUUUACUGUUUGUUUAUAUGAAUCAAAAGCAAAUCAGAGAAAUAUAAAUCGAUCUGAAACACAAGCUAAUAUUCUGUAUAUCUCAGGUGAUCCAAAUUCUUUAGAAUAUGUACAAAGGAUUGGAAACUGGUUCAAGAAAUCACAUAUUGGACAAAAUCAUCUUUGUUUAUUUAUGAGUGAUAUAUAUGCAAAACUACUGUCAAAUGGUGCUUCAGAUCCAGAAGUUAUAGCUUUAUCAAGACAUAAAACUAUUAAAGGAUUAGUAGCAUAUGAAUGA